AUGGGUCUUGUAUCACAAGCCAUUUACUUUGCUUUUCAUCCACACCAACUGCGGAUGAUAAUUGAAUGGAAGCUUUGGCAUAAUCCCCUGCACAAGAGAGACGAAGACAAUGAACCGACAACAGCCAAAAUCUGCUACAAGUUCCUAGACCAGACCAGUCGUAGUUUUAGCCCUGUCAUCAAGGAACUACACCCUGAGCUACGAUUACCUAUAUGUGUGUUCUAUCUGGUACUUCGUGGCCUAGACACCAUCGAAGACGAUACGUCCAUCUCCCUCAAAACAAAAGAGCCCCUCCUGCGAGAUUUCCACAACUUUCUCGAUCAAGAUGGUUGGACUUUUACGUGCAAUCGGCCUGAAGAAAAGGAUCGGGAACUGCUGGUGCAGUUCCACAACGUUAUUACUGAAUUUAAGAAGAUAAAGCCCGCCUACCAAGCAAUCAUCAAGGACAUCACCUCUCAAAUGGGCAAUGGCAUGGCCGAUUUCGUGCGAAAAUCUGCUUUAGGGGACGUAAACAUCAAGACCCUCGAGGCGUACGACCUCUACUGCUGGUACGUUGCCGGUGUGGUGGGUGAGGGUCUGACUCGCCUCAUUGUUGAGGCCAACAUGGGCGACGCAAGAUUGGUAGAGAACGCGCAGCUCUACAAAUCAAUGGGUCUGCUGCUGCAGAAGAAUAAUAUCACCCGGGAUGUGCGUGAGGAUUUCGACGACAACCGCUGCUUCUGGCCUCAGGAGAUUUGGUCCAAACAUGUCGACAAGUUUGAAGACUUGUUCAAGCCAGAAUAUCUUGACGCUGCUCUAAACUGCAGUUCCGAGAUGGUCCUUAAUGCUUUGCGGCAUACAUGCGACUGCUUCUCCUAUCUUAAGUGCCUGCACGACCAGAGCGUCUUCAACUUUUGUGCCAUUCCUCAGUCCAUGGCCAUGGCUACUUUUGAGCUAUGCUUCCGCAAUCCGGCCAUGUUCCAGCGCAACAUCAAAAUCCCCAGGGGCGAUGCUUUCCAGUUAAUGAUCGAGUCCAGCAGAGACAUUAGUGUUGUUUGUGCCAUUUUCCGCCGUUACAGUAUACGGAUCCAACAGAAGAACGACCCCGCGGAUCCCAACUUCGCGGAGAUUAACAAGGCGUGUGAAAAGGCUUGUACCCUAACUAUUAAGAGCUAUGCCGACACCAUCGGGUCGCAACAAGCUAGCAAGAUGUCGGUCGUUGGUACGCGAUGCCCCCAAGGAAAGUGGUCCAACCCUCAGCUAGCAUUCGCCAGUGUCGCAAUCACAUCGACCCUGGUACUUGGAGCUGCCUGGGUUAUGAAGGGCCAAUUUGAGUUCGCCUGGCCUUGA